AUGAGCUCCAAUCAAGAAGCUACGUCUAUUCUUAAGCCUCAUUUUGAUGACUACGUGAAAAAAUUGGAGGAACAUCAUGUUGAAGAGGCAACUGAAUACUAUGAUCCAGAUGCCACCCUUGUGCAUGUCGGUAAUAAAGGAAUUUAUGGAAGAGAAGCAAUUAAGAAGGAGCUCUUGGAAUUCGAUCAGCGCAUGGGUGAAGUAACCAAUAAGUUUACUGGAGUUCAAUAUCAAAAGACGGGCGACUUCCUUAUCAUCUCAGCAAACUACGAGACUAACACCGAGAAGAUGGGAAUGGUCAAGGGAAAAUUCACUCAAAUUUGGCGGAAAUCCAACAACAAAUACUUAAUUUUGCAUGACGAGUUCUCCAUAGAAUAA